CAUUUAAUGAUAAUAAAAAUUAACUGUAAUUAUGUAUUUACUAAUCAGUAAUCACCACUGAUUCUAAUUAACUAAAUAUGGAUACAUAAGAAUGUAAUAGAUUGUUCGUGCAAUUUAUACAUUUGAAUAUGUUACCGGCAUAGAUUACAUCAUAAAUUAUAUCUCUUUGACACGGUGUUACAAACUGCAACAUGGUUUCGGAAGGUGUACCUGUAGAUCUGUACAUUUAUGACCUGACAAAUGGACUUGCUUCUGUCUUAUCACCAACCAUACUGGGCCGCAAAGUCGAAGGUGUUUGGCAUACGGCGAUUGUCGUUUACGAGCGGGAAUAUUUCUAUGGUGCAUCGGGUAUCACAAGCUGUGCACCUGGUAGCACGCAGUUGGGCGCACCAGUCCAAGUGGAGCGAUUAGGGUCUACCUUCGUGCCCUUUCAAGUUUUCAAUGAGUACAUAGAAGGGCUUGCAACUUCGACGUAUAGCGGCUCCGCGUACCACCUGCUCGAGCACAACUGCAAUAACUUCAGCGAGGAGGUGGCGCAGUUCCUCUGCGGCGCGCACGUGCCGAAGCACAUCAUCACGCAGUCGGAGCGCGACUUGCCGGCUCCGCUGCGGAUGGCUCUCACCUCGAUGCUGGGACAAUUGGUACCCGGCGGCACUCAGGCGGUGUACGCAAAUGGAGUCCGCCACAGUCGUCAAGACAGUCCAGAUUAUCUCACUCUCAAUAACCAAAUUGAAGAAGCCAGGAUAGUGUCUCAGGAAUUGGAUGCGAAGAGAAACACAAUAGCAGAGAAGUUAGCGAAGAAGGAACGGAAAAAGGAGAAGAAGCGGAAGAAGUUGCGCGAACAAGGCGGCACUGGCGAUGAUGCUGAAGAAAUGGCAGAAGCAGUAGAAGCCGUGGAACCUAGAGAACCAGUCUCCCUGGCCGGACCCAGCUCUCGAGACCUCGAGGUGGAGGCGGAGGAACGACGCGCUGAGGAGCAAAGGAAGAGGUCCAGGGAUCCACCCGUGGUUUACAGGGAUAUUGAUGGCACACAAGAAUUUGAAGCGUUCGCGAAAAAUCUAGAUGGUGUCGAACUUUCACCGGAAGAAAAGCAAAGUCUUGACGAAUUACAGCAAUACCUGGUUCAGGGUGAGGGUAGCUGGGUUCUGGGCGACGACUUUUUAAGUUUCAUUGGUCGCAUCCUCUCCGACCCGAGCAUCUCCAGCUCGGCCCGCAUCAGCGCGCUCCGCUGCCUCGCCGCGAGCGCUCUCCGCGACGACGUGUCUCUGGUGCUGCAUCAGGACCGGCGCCAGCACGCGCUGCUGGGCUACGCGCACGGGAUCGACGCCCUGCCCCUGGAGGAGCAGCACGCUCUGGCUCUGUUCAUGUGCAAUCUCUUUGAAAACACGUCGUCAUCAGAAUGGCUUCUAUACAUCAGCGAAUGGGAACACCGCGGACACGCACUAUCCAAUAUUAGGGUUACCACCAAAGUAUGCGUCCAAUGCAUGCUGAGCGAGCAAACCGAGCUGCGUGAGUGUGGCACAGCCCUGUUGUACAAUAUCGCCAGCAAGGAGGUAAAGACCGUGGUGUUCGACGAGGUAUGCGUGGAGCUGGCGAUGGCCGCGCUGCAGUUGACACAGUGGGCGCCAGCGGAGGAGCACCUGUGGCGCACCAUGACCGCGCUGGCCCGCCUCGCGCAGCACUCGGCAGAGGUGCCGCAGCUGAUUGCUAUAGUGGGGCCGGACCCCAGCGCGUACAGAGGUACGAGCGCUCGUGUAGACGAACAGAUAGAUUUAAUCAUGAAGAAAGUCAAGUAAAAUAUAAUUAUUGGGAUAUUUUGGUCCAUUUAACUUUUUAUUGUUAACUACGUCGUUUUAAUUUAUUGUAAUAAAAAAAUAAUAUAAUUUGUUGUAAUGAUUUAUUUCAUAGCUUUUAAUUAAUCGUCCAACACUUUCAAGCUCGCAAUGUGUUACAAAAAUGUAAAUUAAUAUUUAUUUAUAUACUAUUAUAUUGUACUGACAUUUAUAUAUACUCUAGUGUAAGUACCUGAGCUAAAUUGUAAAGUAUAAUGAUUGUUUAUGUGCAUUUACUGGAUGUGUAUUCAAUAAACAUCGGUUGUAUAGAAAUAAAUAUAAUGGUAUUAAUUCA